AUGCUGCAAGGUGCUGAUGAAUAUAAUCGAACUACGACUGAGAUAGUAUACAACAUCAUCGGGGAAUACCAAGGUGACUUCAGAUCCGAACAGUCAACAACGGAUCAGAUGUUCGCAGUUAAGCAAGAGCUUGAAAAGUCCUGGAAAUAUAAGAUCGUUAUGUGCCAACUGUUCGUUGACUUCUCUCAAGCGUACGAUAGUGUAAAUCGCAAUUAUUUGCACAAAGUAAUGAUUGAGUUAAAAAGUCCACUGAAGCUAAUCCGGCUAGUGAAGGCCACAAUGAUUAACAGCGAAGGUCAGGUGAAAAUCCAAAAUGAACUGACACAAAGCCUUUCUAUAGUGUCAGAACUUAAGCGAGGGGUGGCCUUACCUCCACCCUCUUUAACUUCGUGCUCGAAUGCAUCAUCGGGAAAGUGGCCUCAAUUAAUACCAGAGGUAUGUUACGGAUAA